AUGUCCAUGGUCCAGUUCCUGUGGUCUCCUUGGAGUUCAAAAACACAGGAAACGAAGGCUCGAUUGACACAUCUCGCUGAUCUGGGUAUCUACAAACAUGAAAAGCCCUACGAACUGUGGGUAAAUGCCGAACCCGAAAUCCCAAGAACAAACUGCAAGUUCGUCGAUCAUGAUGUACCGAUCGAAGAUGUCCGCUCCAAUUCAACGCUUUCGAACAUUGAUAAGACUGGCGUCAAGUUCCUGUCCCAUAAGUCUGCCUAUUCCUUCGAAGAGGGUCGUCCACAUCAAGACAAUAUGGCAGGUUACUUGGCAGAAUCAACGGAGCUCUUGAAAGCUGAGCUGGGUGCAGAAAAAGUCUUUAUCUUCGACUGGAGAUACCGUAAAAACAACUUCGGCGGUUCAAAGCCAAGCUUCGACUUCUUGACAGCGAAGACACCACGAUCUCAUGCUCAUAAUCCAUCUCAUGUGGUUCAUUCAGAUGAAUCGUUCGACAGCGGAAAAGCUAAGAUGAGGCGUUACCUGACGGAGAAGGAACAAGAUGAGUUCGACUUCGAGCAUUAUCGAGUUCGUAUCGUGAAUCUCUGGCGACCUCUCAUUCCAGUGGUCGAAGACGCUCCACUUGUGUUUGCCGAUCGUCGCACUGUCAAGGGCUCGGAUUUCAUUCCCUUCGAUCGAGUGCUGAAUGAUCGGGUUGUAGAGGAAUUAUACAUGGUACAUCAUCCGCAUCACCAUUGGUUUUGGCUCUCGAAGCAGAAAUGUUCAGAACCAGUGAUGUUCGUGACUUGGGACUCGUUAUGCAAGACAUCUGACCAGCCAGUGGCUAGUGUCCCGCAUACUUCCUUUAUCAGUCCGAAUGAUGCUGGCAAUUACACUUCGCGGGAGAGCAUUGAGUUAAGGUCUAUCAUCAUUACGAGGAGGAGCUAG